AUGCCCCUAAACACUGUCUCUGCUGCUGUGUAUAUCACCCCGGUGGUGAUAAAGACACUUCUUAAACACUCGAAGAAGAAAGGUCAAAAGCUGACUGACAGCGAUGCCGUUCAAGAAGCCACGGAUGACAUCUUUUUCGAUGAAGCCUUUCAUAUAGUAAAGGCAUUUAUACAGUUGGGAACUUUGAAUACAAUAGAAUCUCUGCAGGAAUUCACGAACACCCAUGUCCCUGCUCCGUGGUGGGCUGCCGUGUCACCAGUUCGGAUACCAUUAUCGACAUGCAAUAGAGCUGCGGACGUCCUUAUCGACUGGUUCGGCCAGGAGGACUUGAGGUGCGUCGUAGGUGGUGAACGAUGGUGGCAAGUUAGAGGAUUAGACGGGAUUGACUCGGAAUGGAUCACGGAGAAGAAGUUCCUCCAAGACACUCCGGAGUAUCAAGGGAAAUUUACUGACGAAGAGGAGAACAUUUUGCGUAUGGAACAUCUGGAGCCCGUCAUGCUCUAUGUUCAUGGAGGUGCCUAUUUCUGGGGUUCAAUAAACACUCACAGGUACCAGAUCAUACAUUAUGCUCGCAAAAUGAAAGGUCGCGCCUUCACGGUUAAUUACCGGAAAGCUCCGCAAUAUCCUUGGCCAUGUCCUCUUCAGGAUGUCCUAGCAGCUUAUUUCUACCUCAUCAAUCCUCCUCCAAAUGUGGUGCACAAGCCUGUCUCACCGUCCAAGAUUGUCUUUAUCGGAGACUCAGCUGGGGCAGGCUUAUGCAUCAGCAUCCUCACGGUCCUCAGAGACAUGGGAUUGCCUCAGCCGGCUGGUGCGGUGCUCAUCAGCCCAUGGGUAGAUCUUACCCAUAGCUUUCCGAGUGUUAUGAAGAAUGCUGAGACGGAUAUUAUUCCUCCGCAUGGCUUCAUCCACAAGCCAUCUACGCUGUGGCCAAUACAGCCUCUGCCAGAAGGCGGUCGAACUCGCGUCAUUCCUACAAAGACGAAUCCCCCACCGAGACCUGGGCAUGCAGAUACAUUGGAGCCAGACCCAGCGCGUUUGAAGAGGCAGCUCCGGCAGCGUAUGGAAAGGGGCCAGAAAGGCACUCCCGUCCACGCGCACGAUCUUCAAGAGGACGAUGCACAGAUAGAGAGCCAACAGGAUAUGCUGAACCGGGCCAAUAGUGAUGACGAAGAAGGCCCGAGGAGAUGCGCCGAUGCUGACGGCCCCACCUGUGAUGGAGACACACACCUCGAUCAGGAAGCGCAUACAGACUACGAUAUCGCCCUGGACAUGUUCGAGCCCAAACCCCCGAAGGUCCUCAUGGAGAACCCGGGGGAGAGGCCGCUUGAACUGCGUUCUCAGAUACAGGUCUAUGCAACCACCGAGCAACUCACGCAUCCUCUCGUUUCCCCUGUCCUGCAAGGUUCUUUGGGUAACCUCUGUCCACUAUACAUCCUCGCGGGAGACGGCGAACUCCUGAGAGAUGAGAUUAUCUACCUUGCACACAAAGCUGCGCACCCAAAGGAUUACCCUACCAGAGCCGGCGCGCUGAGGGAAGCACGCAGACAGAAAGAGAACGCGGAGAAGUUCCAGACUCCAACGAAGGUUCACCUGCAGGUCUUCGACGGAAUGUGCCAUGUCUUGACCGUCUUCACGUUCACGAAGAGCGCAAAAUAUGCGUAUCGCUCCAUCGCCGAGUUUGCCAAACACGUUACGUCGCACUCCGAGGAGCACUUGGAUCGCAAUCCAUUCCCAGAAUUGCGCAGAGCGCCUUCUGAAAUCUCUGAAUCUGAGUCGGACGACGACGAUCAUUGCGACCGUGCAGUGAAGAAUAGUAGAAGUACCCACAGCGGUCACAAGCUGAAAGAGGUGGAACCUCAUCGCGGCUCUGCUGGAGGCGUGAAGCACCACAAAGAGAAUCAGGAGAAGGUAAAAGAGGAUGUCCAAGCAGGCGAAACCGACAGAUUUGCGAACUCUGAGAAGGUCGGCGAAUCUCAGAGCAACGAAGCGACGAUGAAGGACAUCCCCAGUGUCUUUAUGAUCCGAGAGCGCGUCGAUGUUAAUGGCCGUGUGCGCCCUAUGGAGCCACGAGAGGAAAUCGAGGCACUUUGUUUGCCCCCUGAAGCGGUCGCACUCAUCAAAGAGGCACCGGUCAAAAGGUGGCUCACGGGCCAGGAGGAGUGGGACAAGAAGUACAACCGCGCCGCGCGCAGAGUGGUGCAUCGACGGCGGUAUUACGAAACGAUGACAGCCAAGCUGAUGAAGAACGCUCGGGAUCAGGGUUUCGUUCACGCCAACGAUGAUGAGAUGAUGAGAGUCAACUCUGGCCAGAGCUCAGCUUCACCGGCCGCUGGCGGUAUUGCUCCCGAUCGACGAUGGGGUCCCCUGGAUCUUAACGGCGAGCUUCCUCCCCCUAGUGCUAUAGCCGCAAGAGGAGAUACGCGCGAAGCAGUGGCGCUCUUGAAGAUGCAUAUUUACCACAGCGCUCCUGCGACGCACAAGACGGUUCCCAGGCGCAAGACGUCUGAUGCGAUACGUGCUGCGUUCGAUCCCAUGGACCAUCCCACGAAGCCACCUCGCCAGUCUAUCUCCGAGCAGCAGAACAAGACCCAUGUCAUACCUGUGCACGGCCUGCGUAUCUGGCCGUCCCUCCUCACACUCUUCAUGCGCAAGAGCUCGAGAAAGGCGUUGCGCGGCAAGAGACAAGCAGAGUUGGGGAUACUCUCCACGUCUCAGAAGCUGCAGUCAGGACUGGGAAAUUCCGAGCCUCAAUCAUGA